CAGGAAGGUGGGAGAGACAGAGGGAGAGUGUGCAUACAGCAGCUGUCGGCAUCCCUGUCUCAGGGACUUCUUUGCUGAUUCACAGAGGCAGCCCAGCGCCAGCCUCCCAGCUCCCAGUUGCAGCCUGCUCCUCAGACCCGAAGGAAUCAGAAGGUGCUUAUGGUCAACAGUUGGUGCACUGCCCAUUCUCUCCCCCCAUGAGCCUUGGUUCUGAUGCAACCUAUGGUCAUGCAGGGAUGCCCUUACACCCUCCCUCGAUGUCAUGAAUGGCGGGCAGCUGACCAGUUCCAUAACAGCAGCAGCCUCCGUAGCACCUGCCUCCAGCCUCAGGUUAGAGUUGCUGCUACUGCCCCUGCGCCUCCUCAGGAUGGUGCUGGAGUUUCCUGCCUAAGUCCAAAGCUAUUCAACGGGUCUGUUGGUGCCGCUGGACCCCUCGAACCACGAGCCAUGAAUCUGUGUUGGAAUGAAAUCAAAAAAAAGUCUCACAACCUCCGUGCUCGCCUAGAGGCCUUCUCAGACCACAGUGGGAAGCUUCAGCUCCCUCUCCAAGAGAUUAUUGACUGGCUCAGCCAGAAAGAUGAGGAAUUGUCAGCUCAGCUGCCCCUGCAAGGGGAUGUGGCUCUGGUGCAACAGGAGAAGGAGACACAUGCGGCCUUUAUGGAAGAUGUCAAGUCUCGGGGCCCUUAUAUCUACUCUGUUCUGGAGUCAGCUCAGGCCUUCCUGUCCCAGCACCCAUUUGAGGAAUUAGAGGAGCCUCAUUCUGAGAGCAAAGAUACUUCUCCCAGACAGCGGAUCCAGAACCUUAGCCGCUUUGUGUGGAAGCAGGCAACGGUGGCCAGUGAACUAUGGGAGAAGCUGACAGCCCGCUGUGUCGACCAGCACCGCCACAUUGAGCACACUCUGGAGCAGCUGUUGGAGAUCCAAGGGGCAAUGGAGGAAUUAAGCAAUACUCUGACCCAGGCUGAGGGAGUCCGAGCCACUUGGGAGCCCAUUGGGGAUCUCUUCAUUGAUUCACUCCCUGAGCACAUCCAGGCUCUUAAGCUAUUCAAAGAAGAAUUCUCCCCUAUGAAAGAUGGAGUGAAAUUGGUGAAUGAUCUGGCCCAUCAACUUGCCAUUUCUGAUGUACACUUGUCAAUGGAGAAUUCCCGCGCCCUGGAGCAGAUCAAUGUUCGGUGGAAACAGCUACAGGUGUCAGUUGGUGAGAGGCUUAAGCAGCUCCAGGAUGCCCACCGGGACUUUGGGCCUGGGUCACAGCAUUUCCUCUCCUCCUCUGUGCAGGUUCCCUGGGAAAGAGCAAUUUCACCCAAUAAAGUUCCCUACUACAUCAACCACCAGGCUCAGACCACUUGCUGGGACCAUCCCAAGAUGACUGAGUUAUACCAAACCCUGGCUGAUCUGAACAACAUUAAGUUCUCAGCUUACCGCACUGCCAUGAAGCUACGCAGAGUCCAGAAGGCGCUGCGUUUGGACCUGGUAACUUUAACCACAGCCCUGGAGAUCUUCAAUGAGCAUGAUCUGCAGGCCAGUGAGCAAGUGAUGGAUGUGGUAGAGGUCAUUCACUGCCUGACGGCCUUAUAUGAACGGCUGGAGGAGGAAAGAGGCAUCCUGGUCAAUGUGCCACUCUGUGUGGACAUGAGCCUCAACUGGCUCCUCAAUGUUUUUGAUAGUGGUCGCAGUGGAAAGAUGCGGGCGUUGUCCUUUAAGACCGGCAUUGCAUGCCUGUGUGGCACUGAAGUAAAGGAAAAAUUGCAAUACCUCUUCAGCCAAGUAGCCAAUUCAGGCAGCCAGUGUGACCAGCGCCACCUCGGUGUCCUGCUUCAUGAGGCUAUUCAGGUGCCCCGUCAGCUGGGGGAAGUGGCAGCCUUUGGGGGCAGCAACGUGGAGCCCAGUGUCCGUAGUUGCUUCCGUUUUAGCACUGGGAAGCCAGUCAUUGAAGCUUCACAGUUCCUUGAGUGGGUCAACUUGGAGCCCCAAUCCAUGGUGUGGUUGGCUGUCCUGCAUCGGGUCACCAUUGCUGAGCAAGUGAAGCAUCAGACCAAGUGCUCUAUCUGUAGGCAGUGCCCCAUCAAGGGCUUCAGGUACCGGAGUCUGAAAGAAUUUAACGUGGACAUCUGCCAGACCUGCUUCUUGACAGGCAGGGCCAGCAAAGGCAACAAGCUGCACUACCCCAUCAUGGAGUAUUACACCCCGACCACAUCCAGUGAGAACAUGAGGGACUUUGCCACAACUUUAAAGAACAAAUUCCGCUCAAAGCAUUAUUUCAGCAAACACCCUCAGCGAGGUUAUCUGCCUGUGCAAUCAGUGCUGGAGGCUGACUACAGUGAAACGCUGGCUUCUUCCCCGAUGUUGCCACACGCUGACACACACUCCCGCAUUGAGCAUUUUGCCAGCAGGCUUGCUGAGAUGGAAAGUCAAAAUUGUUCCUUCUUUAAUGACAGCCUGUCCCCGGAUGACAGCAUAGAUGAGGACCAGUACCUGCUGCGGCACUCCAGCCCCAUUACAGACCGGGAGACAGCCUUUGGACAGCAGGUUCCAUGCAGCAUGGCCACAGAAAGCAAGGGGGAGCUAGAGAAGAUCCUGGCACACUUAGAGGAUGAGAACCGGAUUCUCCAGGGAGAGCUGAGGCGCCUGAAGUGGCAGCAUGAGGAGGCUGCCGAGGCGCCCACCCUGGCCGAGGGCUCUGCCGAGGUAGCACAGGACCACCACAAUGAGGAGCUUCUGGCUGAGGCCCGGAUCCUUCGGCAGCACAAGAGCCGCCUGGAGACACGCAUGCAGAUCCUUGAGGACCACAACAAGCAACUAGAGUCUCAGCUGCAGCGCUUAAGGGAUCUGCUCCUGCAGCCACCCACCGAACCAGAUGGCAAUGGCUCUGCAGGCUCGUCCCUAGCUUCCUCUCCACAGCAGUCAGAAGGCAGUCACCCCCAGGAGAAGGGACAGACUACUCCAGAUACUGAGGCAGCAGAUGAUGUGGGGUCAAAGAGCCAAGAUGUCAGCCUGUGCUUAGAAGACAUCAUGGAGAAGCUCCGCCAUGCCUUCCCCAGUGUGCGAAGCUCUGAUGUGACUGCCAACACCCUGCUGGCCUCUUGAUGGAGCCAGUUCCCCAUCCUAUAAUCCACAGUCUUCUGGUUCUUUCUGGUCAAAGUCUUCCUUCAGCCUUCACCCAACAUUUCCAGUCCCUACCAGGCCCACAUUCCUCAUCCAGAGUUAUUUGGGGUCUGGGCAGCAGCAGGGAUCCACUAGUAUGUGAAGUGGAUGUGUGAGGACUGGGGGAGGAAGACACAUGAUUCCUCCAAUUAUAGAAAUGUGCCCUUUAAUCCACAAGUUUGAGAUUAGUCCCUUAAGUAUGUCUCUGUUGCGGUCCCGGCAGAUGACACUUGGAAGCCAUUCAGAUGGGGACAGAGAAGCUGCCUUACAGAGCUAAGCAGUGCCCAUCAGCCCCUUUCCCUUCUCCAUGGAAUUAUGGAGAUAAGGAAACCCAAUGACUCCAGGGUUCCAGCAUUAUGAACCCACAGGAGUUAGUCCUACGCUCUGGCCCAGCUCAGGGAGGCAAAAGAGUAUCUCUGAGACUUCCCCCUACCCCCAAAAAAGUGCCCAUGAAAAUGUCUGGGCAGCAUGUGGCAUACUAUAGUUUGACGGCAUAUCUCUAGUCAUCCUGAUGCUACCUAGAUGUCGUUUCCCCCUAGAAUAUCUGCAGUUCCUUCUGCCUCAGGCCCUGGCAGGCUUUCCUCAAUGAGGGGGAACAAUUCGUUCUGAUUCCUACUUACACUUUACAUUUGGAAGCAUUAAAGAAAUACUUAGGGCUUUGGUUUUUUCCCCAAUCAUCCUCUUUCCUGAAGGCUUCAGCAUCCUGAGACACCAGCUGAGUUGCUCUAGGAACCAGCUGAAGCCACCCUUGGCUCUUCUGGGUCUGCCCUCAGAGCCCUGGGGUAGAGGCAGCAGCUUGCUCAGCAAGCAAGUCUUGCUCUACUUGGGUGAGGAAGGGGAAGCCACUCACCAGCCUGGAGGAGUGUGACUGCCCAACACUCUUGCAGGCUGUGACCCUUCUUUCUUUUAGGCUGAAUCAGAUGAAGUGGCUCACUGUCCCUAGCUAAUCAUAAGGCAGAUACAAGUGGCAACCUUAAAUAGUGGCCUCUUCCUAGGAGCUACUGGCCACACAUCAGGAAGCUGGCCACGUUCCACCCAGACAACAGCAAGGCCUUCCUUUGCAUAAAACUGUUCUUUCUAACUCUGGAAGGUGAAUCCAAUCCUCAAAGGAAACUAACUCUUCCUAGGCUACAUAUACCAUAAUCCUUUUAUCCAGAAACUGUUCGAAGUAGAUAGUGGGGUUGGGGGGAGGGGGGUAAUGGGCUUGGAAAAUUUGAACAGUCAAAGCCCACUUAGGCAGUUUUCUAUCAAAAGAAGCUUUAUAACCUAGAGCCCCGCAAUUGACUUAAUUUGCCUAAGUUUAUAUACAUAUAUAUCUAUCCUGCAUACCUACUGUAUAUCAGUACUCCCCUGGCCU